CAUUAGAGAGUUCUCUCAUGGGAGACAAAUCUUACGCUUAGACCUCGUCCAUAGCAAAGUCAUUCUAGUUCGCUCCGACUUGUGAUCUACAAUUACACAAUGCCAAAGUAUGGCCCUGAUGAACAGGAAGAUGAUGGAAAGCCCAAGCCUGCCUGUGUAGGAUUGAGAGAGGAUCUUCGGGAGUGUUUGCUGAAAAGUGACUGUGUUAGGAAAAAUGGAAAAACACCGAAAGAAUGCUUACGGCUAGGAAAUGACCCAAGUAUUCCAUCUGAAUGCCAGAGCUUAAGGACAGCUUUCUUUGAAUGCAAGAGGUCACUUCUGGACAUGCGACAAAGAUUUCGAGGAAGAAGGGGAUAUUGACUGUAUUGUGAUGUUAGUUUGCAGUGUGUAGGCUGUAAAUGUUAUCUUCAUUAUUCUAUAACAUUUUUCUGCAGCAUGUACAAUAAUAAAAGACAUGUUUUUAUAUUUUGUUGUGGAAAUGUAGCUGAGAGUUUGCAGAUAUUGUCAUUAGAAUUUAAAAUGAAAAAGAAUUCAUGGUAAUGCUGGCAGUAUGUAUGCCAAUAGUUACAAUAUGUAUUAAUUUGAUGUGAUAAAUAAAAAACAGAGUUGUAACUACCAUGGUGAAAAAUGUAUCCAGAUGUCUGCAUAGAUGCAGGUAAAAGCUUGUGUAUGCUCAUGUAUUUUUCAUAAUUGUAGGUCAUCGAUUAACUGAAUCAGUUUCUCAGUGGAGGAAACUAAACGGUGUUUAUUAGAUGAUUUUGCAUGUACUUUUAUUACCAGAGCACCAGUAAUCUGCCUUUGUACUUCCACUUUCAAUUCAAGAGAUCAUGCACCAAGAUGUGUUUCAAGGUCAUGUACAAUUGUCUUUUCAAAAUGAAACUGAUAAUAAAGUCGAAUUGUCAGAUGUGUUGCUGCAAAGAUCUAUUUUAUUGCUACUUUAAAUGACUUGCAAUUGUUAAAAA